AUGAACGUGAACACUGCUGAAAAGGCUAUCAAGGCUUUCCUCCCUAAUCCUGGUUUUUUGAUGAAGAAGAUUCCUACCUGGAAGCUCACUGUGAAGGAGUGGAACGCCGAGGAAUUCAAAACGCAGACUUCCCUUCUGUUUGACGAGCUGAACGAGCAAUACGGAUGGGUCCAGGAGAAGUUUGAGUUCGCUGAGGAGCAGGCCUACCUCGCCUACAAGAAGAACGACAAGGAUAAGAUGAGAGACAAAGUUUCCGAGAUGAUGGUCAUCGAGAAGAAGAUCGCUCUGAUCGAGAAGGUCUGCCCCAUCGUGGAGAACGUUCAGGCCCAAGCCAAGACUCUGCGCAAGGAGAAGAAGUGCCCUGAGGAGCUGGAGAAGGACGUGGCCGUGGUGAUUUACCUGGCCGAUGUGUUCAGCAUUCCCUCGUUCCUCCGUGUGAAGCACCAGUUCACCUUCAAGUACGGAGAGAAGUACAUCGAGAAGAUCUGCGGCAAGAAGCACACGAACGUGGAUGAGGAGAUCGUCGCCAUGGUGGAGUACAAGCCCGAGUCCAAGGCCGUGAAGGAGCGCGCCAAGCAGGUGACGGAGGAUUGCAAGAAGCGCGAGAAGGAGGAGGAGAAGGCCAAGAAGGAGGCCGAGAAGGCCAAGAAGUCCGGAAAGUCGGGCAAGUCCAAGAAGCAUCAUCAUAAGAAGGAGUCGUCUUCCGAUGAGUCGGAGAGCGAGAGCGAGAGCGAGUCCGAGUCUUCGGAGGAGGAGAAGCCCAAGAAGAAGGAAAAGAAGGAAAAGAAGGAGAAGAAGGAGAAAAAGUCUGAGUCUGAAUCCGAGAGCGAUUAAGGGUUUUUACUUGUCUUGUUUGCUG